CUUUUGGAGAGAAUCAAGAUGCUGGAAAGCCCCGUAUGGGAUAAGUACAGCGUCCGCGUUCCCCUUGGAGCAGAGUUGUGCAAUUUGCUGCUUUCCUGCUGUCCGGUGCAGUGCGAGUAUGAGGAGGCGAAGCACCUCCUGAGCGAAGAGCAAAAGCAAGAGUGGAAGCAGCAGAAGCAGGAAGCCUUGGUUAGAAACAUGAGCUGUUUACCGGGAGAAGGAGAGCGCCUUCUUGGAUUAAGGCUAUCACGGGUUGUACGCAUAGUAUUGCAUAGUUUUUGACUCGGAUUCUAUUCCAAGCAAUGUAAGCGAAGGUGAAGUCAUGUCAAGAAUCACACUCAUUAUAAAUACCUAAGGGUUGCACUUGCAAUGCUGAGGUAGAAGCCUUUCUAAUCCAAGACACCGACACUCAGCCUGUGCAA